AUGCUUCCAAUUCUCUUUUUACUAUUUUUUACUGUGAAACAGUCGCUUGGAGCGAACAUUCUCGUCUAUAACCCUAUGUAUGGCCAAAGUCACAUAAACUUGCUUGGUAAUAUCGCCGAUAUUUUAACGAAAGCUGGUCAUAAUGUAACUGUCUUCUCUGCCGAAAUAACACCUGAUCUCAAGCCAUUUGGAACAACUGAAGACAAAGUACACAAAGUUGCUCUAGGGAUGGAUAAUGAGAAAAUUAAUAAUAAGGAAGUUUUAACAACCAUUUCAAAAAUCUGGGAUAACAAAGACUUAAUUGCUUUCCAGCCAACGGAUUUAGAAGCAUUCUACAAUUGUGUUUUGGAAAGCCAUAAAGCUCUUCUCAAAAAUGAAAAACUCAUUCAAUCCUUGCAAAACUCGAACUUUGAUGUCGCGAUACAUGAGUUUUACGACAUUGGUGCAUCAGCAAUUAUGGAGCUAUUCCACGUGAAAAAAGUGGUAUUGGUAUCUGCUAUAGGAGACAUUCUUCCUUACACUUUCGAAGUUACAGGGAUUCCUCAUUUCAAGUCUUUUGUUCCAGCAUGGUUAACAGUAUUUGGAGAUCAAUUGAAUAUGUGGGAAAGAUUCCAAACUUUGCAGACGGUUUACUCCGUUGAACGCAUUGUUCGUGCUAAUGAACGAAAAGUAGCUGAACUCUUCCGUGAGUACCAUGAAGAUUUUCCAGACCCCAAAGAAUUGCUUCUAAGGAAAUCGGGAGUUAUAUUGGCCAACAUCAAUGAGUUCACGCAAACUCCUCGGCCAUUGUCCAGUAUGAUUCAAUUCAUAGGUGGUAGUAACUUAUAUUCACCCAAGCCAUUAGAUGAGAAUCUCGAUCAAUUGCUUAACAAAAGAAAAUACAAUGUGUUUUUUUCCCUCGGAAGUUAUGUUCGACUUAGCGAAGCUCCGCUCAGAAUCAAGCAGCUUUUUGCCGAAGCCUUCAGCAGCAUGAAAGAUGUGACAUUCCUCGUUAAGAAUGAAAACGAUGACUUUGAUUUUAAUGUGUAUGGCAAUAUAAUGACGAAAGCAUGGUUUCCUCAGAAAGAUUUGUUAGGAGAUGAUAGAAUACACUUGUUCAUUACCCAUGGCGGACAGUACAGAGGGAAACCUAUGAUUUCCAUACCUAUUUAUGCAGAUCAGAUACUCAACGCAAAGAGUGCAGUCAGAGCUGGUUCAACAACGAUACUAGACAAGCGUUCACUCACUCAAGAAAGAUUAGUGCGAACAAUACGAUCUAUGUUGGAUCCGAAAAGUUGCCAAGCUAAGAAAGCAAAAUUCAUUCAAAAAAGUCUCGAAGGUCGUGAAGAAGAAUAUCGUAAAAAAAUCGUGAAAUGGGUUGAGCUCCAAGCAGAAGCAGAGGAGCCAUUCGAUCACCUUAUCAUGCAUUCCAGAAAUCUCUCAGUCUUAGAGUUAUACAAUCUUGACAUAUUAGGCAUCAUAAUUAUGUUGAAAAUAAAAACACUGAUUGAUACACCUGAUUAUGAUAGCGAUGAUUCAAUAGCUGAUGGAACUUCGAAAUCUAUCAGCAGUGUUCCUAGUAACUUCCGAGCUUCAAGCAGCUCUCAAGUUGUGGACGUCGAUGAUUUUCUUGUGCUAGAUACCGGUGAAGAAGAUCUCGAUAGUAAGAAGGAAGAAGUAACUCAGCAAAUUGCUAAAAACGAAAAACCAGUCGAUAAAAAGUUGCAAUUGCUACUCUCAAAAGCAGUUUGUAAGCCAGAUAUCGAAAUGACCGAAAGAAAUGAGAAGAGGAUAGGAUUGAGAGCAAUGAAAAAACAGAGGAAGCUAGAAAUGGAGAAAACUGCGGGAAAGAAAUGGUUUGAUAUGCCCGCUACAGAAGUAACGGACGAAGUCCGUAUGGAUUUAGAACUACUCCGAAUGAGAAGCGCUAUAGACCCUCUUGCUUUUUAUAGAAAAGAGAAGGAUGAGAAACUUCCAAAGUAUUUUCAAUUUGGACGCAUAGUGGAUGCUCCGGAAGAUUAUUAUAGCGGAAGGUUGACGAAAGCUCAAAGAAAACGAAAUAUGCUCGAUGAGUUGUUGCAUAAUAAUGAAUUCUUGGAAAAGAAAACUGAAGUAUACAAUACGCUCCAAUCUAAUGAGCGUAACAAAGUUAAAGGAGUCACUAUGGCUAAAAAGUUCAAGAGGAAAAUUAACUUUGAAAAGAAUAAGAAGGCGAAGAAGUAG